AGCAGGUGGCGGUAGUGAGCUGAGCCGAUAGCAGCUGAACCAAUGACGUCAUCAAUCUGAACAGAAGGUAGUGUUUUAGUCAGGAGGAGUUUAUGUAAACAAUGGAUCAGAAAAUUCCUUAUGAUGACUAUCAGCUUCCAGUGGUCUUCCUGCCUUCUUAUGAAAACCCACCGGCAUGGAUUCCCCCACAAGAGCGGGUUCAUCAUCCCGACUACAACAAUGAGCUCACCCAGUUCCUCCCUCGCACCAUCGUGCUGAAGAAGCCUCCUGGUGCUCAGCUGGGUUUCAACAUCCGAGGGGGAAAAGCAUCACAGUUAGGAAUCUUUAUUUCCAAGGUGGUCCCAGAUUCAGAUGCACAUAGAGCAGGGCUGCAGGAGGGAGAUCAGGUUCUCUCUGUGAAUGAUGUGGAUUUCCAAGACAUAGAGCACUCGCGGGCUGUAGAGAUUCUGAAAACAGCACGAGAAAUUGUGAUGAGGGUUCGCUUCUUUCCUUACAACUACCAGAGGCAAAAGGAGAGAACUGUCCACUAGAGGGCAGCAGUGAGAAACGCACGUCAUCCUCCUCCUCCUACAAACUGCAUUCCUCGUUCUGUCUCAGCUUCAAGAUGACAAAUGUAUGACUCGUCAGUCUCAUUCACACUCCUCCAUGUCAGGGAAUUAGGUUUUCUAUUGUAGUGUUUAAAAAUAGUCGCGCUUACUGGCUGUGCUUUGAAGGUCUGUGCUGCACCAUUGUGUACUCAGUAGGUUUGCUCCACAUUUUUAUAUUAUUGUACUGAUACUCUCUGGUCAAGUGAUGUUUAAAGCUUAAUAAUUAGCCAACGUUCUUGACAUUACCAAUGUUCCUGUUGGUCUGUUAGCAAAAUAUCUCUUGAACCAGCAGAUGGAUUUUGAUGCAACUCUCAGAGAGUAAUCAUCCGAUGUACGUCUACAGCUGAUAACCUUUUGAAGUCAACAGUGUUCAAGAUGGCCGCUACACCUACUCUCUUAGCUAACACAAAAAUAUCUAUUACUCAGUUUUAUAGAUACUGAGCUAAAAGUUGGGAUGGUAGUCAGAGUCAUCCUUAUCAUAUACCGGUACUCCAAGCGCUAACAGAUCACAAAAUCUUUAUUUUAAUCUUUGGCAUGUAUGGUGGCGGUGAUGUGGAUUCUUUCAAGAAACACUAGUUUUUUUUCACAAUAAUCUUUUUUAUUUUUUAAUUAUUGUUUCUGUAAAUUCUUAGAAAAAUACAUUUUAACACUUAAUUUUGAUAUAAAACAGCAACUAUAUGAAAUAUAGGAGCAAUGUUAAAUUAUUUUUAACAAAUAUUUGUAAUUAUGUAUGAAUUGUGUAUCACUUUUUAUAUAUUUUUAGUGUUUUAUCAGUUUUACUUGCUUUUUAGUGGGAUUAUUCAUUAAUUAGUUAACAGGCCAAUUUCAAGGUGUUUAGAAGAGGAAGUGAUGAGAAUACAAGUUUAUUUUCUAUCUAAACAUAAAAA